ACAGAAACCCGAUGACGCCUUAGCAAAAGAAGAACUGAGCAAAAAUCGAUCCCCACUGGAAUCUUUUUGAUAGAGCAAAAGUUGAUCUUUAAAGUAAAAAUCCAACCAGGAGCGGUCUUUCAUGAAGAAACGACAGCGUGACAUUGCAAGACACCGCACACGCAGGUACUUGGAGCCUGGCGACAACAACUGUAUGGCUUAAGACGAAAGGGAAGGAAAAGUCCAGGAAGGGAUUUGACUGUGGGCUGUUUUUGUCGGGGAGGAAAGCACGUCCUUCUCCCUAGGAGGCGAGCCUGUAGGGUGGCAAUGGAGACCACCAUUUCGGAAAUCCAGGUGGAACAGAGGGAGGAGAAGCCAUCAGCAGAGGCCAGUGCUCAGGACGGGAGGCCAGAGGACAGAGCCGCCGUGCUCUGCUUCAAGAGAAGGAAGAAAACUGCCAAAGGGCCCAAGGGCCCCGCGCCCUCUGGCGCCUCUGACCAGCGGCAGCCGCUGCGAGGGGCCUGGGCCUCCUUCCAACGCCUGGUCGCGCCCAGGAAGCGGGCAGCGCCUUCAAAGCCGCCCAAGCCCGUGAAGGCCACUAGUCAAUCUGGAACCAAGGCCGAGGCUGCGGGUCCUUCCAAGAAAAAGGCAACAUCCCGACUGAAAAUUCCCUGCAUCAAAUUCUCAAGCGGUCAGAGAAGGAGUCCCUCUGAAGCCGCCGGCGAAGACGCAGCCGGCAGCCUGGGAGGCCAGCCGGAGGCUGAGCAUCUGCCCCCGAGCGCUCAGGCCCCAUGGACCGCGGGGACCCCGGGGCCCAGGCCCACCCCGGAGCCCAGGGAGGGUGUCCCCCCGAAAGAUGGCGACGAGCCAGCCGAGGCACGUGUGGGCCACGCCGGGGCUGCUUCGGGAAAGAAAAUGGUUUCCGUGGAGUUGGGCUUAGAGUCGGAGCAUCCCACUAUUCCACCAGAAACUCCCCAUCUUGAAAGCGAUCCCGAGGCAAGCCAGGAAACGCCGGGCGGUGGGCCCGAGCCUGCAAGUCCGAAGGAGGCUUCCGACACGCAGCGUCCGCUCCCGGGGCCUGCCGAGCCGCCUCCCGCAGCUGCGAGCCCGGAGCAGCCUGCCGGGGCCGGGGCCCGGGCCGGAGGAGCCCCGCGGGAAGGCCCCGGGAGAGGCGCGGUGGCAGCGGAAGAGGGUGAGCCCGAGGGUGCGCCCGCGAGCACGGGCGGGCCAGCGAGGGAAGAGAACGAGGUCGAGCAGGAGCAACGCCGAUCGGAGGAAAGCAAGAGGAUGGAGCCCAUUGCCAUCAUCAUCACGGACACGGAGAUCAGCGAAUUUGACGUCACGAAAUCUAAAAAUGUCCCUAAGCAAUUUCUCAUCUCCAUCGAAAGGGAGCCGGUCGGGGUCUUCGCCAACGAUGGUGGUUAUGAGGGUCGAACUUCAGAACAAUACGAAGCGCUCUUAGUAGAGACGGCGGCUUCUCUGGUCGACAAUGCCAUCCAGUUGUCUAUAGAACAGCUCGUGAACGAAAUGGUCUCCGACGACAGCAAAAUAAACAACCUCCUACAGUGACUUCCAGUCUAGUGCAGGAGGGAAGUCAGGCUCCACGAGGACGUAUGUGACAGAGUUGUGGCAUUUGGGGGAAUCAGUUUAUCAUCUACGGCAUUUAAAGGUACCACUCCAACCUGGAAGUCCUGAAGAAUGAAUCGAGUGUAUAAAGCCCUCCCUGCAGAAUCAACUACACUUCCACUGCAGGGCAGCGCCCUGGACGGCAGGAAGGCAGUUGUGAGCAGGACCAGGUGACAUCAGGAGCUGCUACAAUGGCAUGUGGAUGGCUGCUUUGGGCAAGGAAAGCAUACUCCGUGAGCACUUUAUGUCAUAAGUGCUUUUAUCAACUGAUGUCAGAAAAUCUGAUGUCCUUUUGAUAAUUCAAUCCUGUGUAUAGGCUGACAUUGCUUUCCGUUUUAAACUUUUUUUGUUCUCUCACAGUGCAUUUUUAUAUUGUUUAAAAUGGUGAAUACGCUGAGCUUCCUUUCCUGAAUGUGUGAUUUAUGGUUGUGACAUUCCCGGGCAAUGAUCUUACCUCAAAAUACGGAUUGCAUUUUCCCAAUCUGAAGACAACGAACAGAAGGAGGAGAGAAUACUGUUUUUCAUCCAUGACCAGGAAAACAUCCUGACUUACAAGGAUCCCAGACCACACAGGAUCCAUCUUGAAGAACUGUUCAGCAGCCCCUCCUGGAAGAAAGGGGGAUGGGUCCAAGGCCAGCCUGGCAGUAAAUGCCCUCUGGAAUCAUAAUCAUUUAGUAAAAAUAUGACUCACUCUCAACCAAGAAUGAGCCGGAAUAGUGAAACGUUAUUGUUAAAGCAUGCAUCUUAAAUGCCAGCAUUCGUUCAUGGUGCCUAUGUGUUGAGAGAGAUAAGAGAAAACAUUUUAUCUGGGGAUAGCUCAUCAGUAUUUUCAAUCCACCUAAUCUGUGGCCUAGAGUCUCUGAAAGCCACAGGGGUGGCUGAGUCAGAAUUGACUGAAUGGCAGUGAGGUUUCUGGUUUGUUUUGAAUCUUUUACUUAAAAAGAGGGAGGAGGUGGCGAGGGGAGAGAACUUUACACAUGAGAAGAGUUUGUAUUUUUAUUCAGUGUCUAAAAGAGGAGCAUUUGAUCUCAUCAGUGAUAGCAUUUUUUAAGAAA